AUGAGCUCGAAUCCCGCUGCUGCGCUUGCGCGCAUCGACGCCGGCUCACUUCAGGACAUCUUUGAGGAGAAGCCCGGCCGAAUCCAACAACCUGUCAUGCAAUGCGUCCAGAUCAAACCCAUCGCCGCCAGUGCUGGGGGGCAAGAGAGACACAGAGUGAUAUUCAAUGACACAAGAAAUUACAUCCAGACCAUGCUGGCAGUGCAUCAGAAUCAUCUCGUCGAAGAGAAGAUUCUGCGUCGUGGCGUCCUCGUUCAAUUGCUCGGGUAUACUGCGAACAAAGUCAAGUCGAAGCGUAUUCUUAUCGUCACGGAGAUCAAAGUCCUAGAAGAGUUCGGUGAACACGAGAAACUCGGAGACCCCAAGCCCUUAGAAGUCAAACCCGAAGAUGAAGAGAAGCCCUUUCCUACCGCCAUCUCAAGCAAUGGCUUCUACGGUGCCAAACAAGAGACACCAAAACCAAGCAGACCUAUGCCCAGCCACCCGAAGCCGUCUUCAUCGAGUGCUCACGCCAACAUCUACCCCAUCGAAGCAAUCUCCCCGUACUCUAACAAGUGGACUAUCAAAGCUCGCUGCACAAGCAAGUCGGACAUCAAAACAUGGCACAACCGUAAUGGUGAAGGCAAGCUGUUCAGCGUCAAUCUUCUAGAUGAGAGUGGCGAGAUUCGUGCUACUGGAUUCAACGAUCAGUGCGAUAUGUUGUUUGACCUGUUCCAGGAAGGAAAUGUCUACUAUAUUUCCAGCCCCUGCCGAGUGACAUUUGCAAAGAAGCAGUUUUCGAAUCUGCCCAACGACUAUGAACUACACUUCGAGAAGGACACUACCGUUGAAAAAGCAGAGGAGCAGGAUGGAGUGCCUCAAAUUCGAUACAAUUUUACCAGCAUUUCCGAUCUUCAAUCUGUGGAGAAAGACACCACAAUCGAUGUUAUCGGAGUAUUGAAAGACAUUGGUGAGACGUCACAAAUCACUUCCAAGACAACCAGCAAACCCUACGACAAGCGAGAACUUACCUUGGUUGAUAACACUGGAUAUUCAGUGCGUCUGACGGUCUGGGGCAAGGUUGCUGCAAAUUUCGAUGUUCCACCUGAAUCGGUGGUGGCCUUCAAGGGUGUCAAAGUCUCCGACUUCGGUGGACGGAGUCUCAGUCUGCUCAGUUCAGGUUCUGUGACACCGAAUCCUGACAUGGAAGAAGCACACAGACUCAAAGGCUGGUACGAUUCACAGGGCCGUUCGGGCAAUUUUGCAACACACGCCAAUGUUCAGGGUGCUUCUGCUGGGACCGGCGGUCGUAGUGACCCCUUCAAAACCAUUUCGCAGGUGAAGGAAGAGCAACUAGGAAUGUCAGACAACCCAGACUUCUUCUCCGUGAAGGCAUCAAUACAAUACAUCAAGCAAGAGAACUUCUGCUACCCAUCGUGCUUGUCCGAAGGCUGCAACAAAAAGGUCGUUGAGAUCGAUCCCGGUCAGUGGCGAUGCGAAAGAUGCGAUAAGACGUGGGAAAGGCCAGAAUACCGCUACAUCAUGUCCGUCAAUGUCAGCGACCACACUGGCCAAUUGUGGGUGAGCUGCUUCGACGAGACGGGUAGGAUGAUUAUGGGAAAAACAGCAGAUGAGUUGAUGGAGAUCAAGGAGGUGGAUGAAAAGGCCUUGGGCGACAUCUUUUCUGAAGCGAACUGUAGAACUUGGAAUUGGAAGUGCAAGGCCAAGCUGGACAGUUUCCAAGAGCAACAACGGGUUCGCUAUCAAAUCAACUCGGCGUCGCCCUUGAACUAUGUGACUGAGUCGCAGAAACUUAUCGACUUGAUCAAGCAGUAUGGAACGGACUAA